AUGAAACCGUCUGGUCUUCUCACUCGGAGAUUCUCCGUCCAGCCCUUCCGACACUCCCACGCCCGACCCCAACUCCUCCAGUCCCAGCCGACGACGACCCGUUUCGCUCGCUGGAAUUCGACCUCGAACCCUGCGGGCAACAAUGGCUCGUCGAGUGCGUUGGGGACCUCGGGUAAGGUCCUGAUUGCCUCCGUGUUGGCUGGAGGCAUUGGGUACACAUACGCGGCCUCCAGCCAAUCUACUUCUUCUGCUUCAGCUCCCAGCGUGGCGGCGGUGUCUGGCUCACAAGGCUCCACUAAGGCCCAAUAUGGGUCUGUAGAGGACUUUCAAAAGGCAAUUGCCGAGCUUCGUGCAAGGCUCGGCAGUGAUACGAUCAGCACAGACGAAGAGGAGCUUGAGCGGCAUGGGUUCUCUGAAUGGUCGACCGUGAACUCGGACCGGUUCCCCGUCGCAAUCGCAUACCCUCAUACUACGGAAGAGGUUUCGGAGAUCGCCAAGGUCUGCCAGAAGUACCGCAUGCCUAUGAUUCCCUACUCCGGGGGCUCGAGUCUCGAGGGCAAUUUCUCCACCCCUCGCGGAGGCAUGACCAUCGACUUUGUCAACAUGAAUCGCAUCAUCCAGGUUCACGCAGAGGAUAUGGAUGUCGUGGUACAACCUGCUGUCCGCUGGAUGGAUCUGAACGUCGCUCUCAAGGAGCACGGUCUCUUUUUCCCUAUGGACCCCGGCCCGCCGGCGAUGAUCGGUGGUAUGGUCGGGACAAACUGCAGUGGCACGAAUGCAGUGCGCUAUGGGACCAUGAAGGACUGGGUGAUCAAUUUGACGGUGGUCUUGGCGGAUGGGCGAAUUAUCAAGACCAGAAGACGGCCGCGCAAGACAUCCGCCGGCUACAACUUGACGGGCAUGUUUGUCGGGUCCGAGGGCACGCUGGGAAUCGUCACCGAAGUCACCCUCAAACUGGCCCCCAUCCCUGAAGAGACCCGCGUUGCCGUCUGUUCGUUCCCGACCAUCCGCGACGCGGCUGCCGCAGCCAGAACCGUCAUCCAGAACGGCGUUCAGAUCCAAUGCAUAGAAAUCCUCGAUGACGUGCAGAUGUACGCCCUCAACCGGGCCGGUGGGACAGGACGCACCUGGGACGAGUUGCCCACGCUCUUCUUUAAAUUCUCUGGAACCUCCGCCAGUGUCGCGGACAGCGUCACCCUCACGGAAACAAUCACCAAGACCAAUAAUUCGAAAUCCUUCACUUUUGCUCAAGACGAGAAAGAGGCCCAUGAGCUCUGGAGUGCCCGGAAAGAAGCUCUAUGGAGUAUGAUGGCCGUUCGAGAGGACGGAGGAUCCGACGUCUACUCCACAGACACCGUGGUUCCGCUUUCGAGAUUGCCAGAGAUUAUCGAAAUGUCCAAGAAGGACCUUCAGGACUUGGGCCUCUUCGCCAGCAUUCUCGGCCAUAUCGGUGACGGUAACUUCCACGCGAGCGUGAUGUACGACAAGAAAAAGCCAGGCGAGUACGAAAAGCUAGAAAAGGUGGUUCACGAUAUGGUCAAGCGUGCACUUGAAAUGGAUGGCUCCUGCACGGGCGAACACGCCGUUGGCAUGGGCAAAAAGGGAUUCCUUUUGGAAGAGCUUGGAGAAGAAACAAUCAGUGUCAUGCGGUCUAUCAAACGCUCCCUGGACCCGAAUUGGCUGAUGAACCCAGGCAAGAUCUUUGAUGAGGAGUGA